AGGAAAAACCGAAAAGCCCAGCAAAAACCCUAGUUACCUAUUCGAUUCCAAUCUUUCCGGUCUGGCUACAGCGGGAAAUUUGUGUUACAGUGUGAACAUCGGCUACCAAAAUGGCUAACAUUGUCCUCAGAAAUCUGCAUUCUUUAGUACAAAAACGCCUUCUUGCAACAUUACCAACGCCUACAUCUGCAUUAUGUUCAUCUUUUACAGUUGAGUACCUGGUGCAGUCAUGCGGGCUUCCUUUAGAAUCUGCAAUCUCAACCUCCAAGAAGCUCCAGAUUGAUAAGAAGCAAACCCAUCGGAUAGAUUUUAUGCUCAAAUUCUUGAAAUCCAACGGAUUUGAUGAUGCCCAAAUCGCCAAAUUGAUCACCAAGCGGCCCACAAUCCUCCAUUACAAGGUACUCAACAAUCUGGAGCCCAAAUUCAACUUUCUUAUUGAAAAUGGCUUUGUGGGUCAGAAUCUGCCAGAGCUCGUUUUAUUGAAUCCAGUCAUUUUGACUCGGAGUUUGGAUUCUCACAUAAAACCAGCAGUUCAAUUUCUCAAGAAAUUGCUUUCAACCAAUGAUAUGUUGGCGGCGGCCAAGCGCUCUUCAUGGCUGUUAAACAUGGAUAGUGUGAGUACAAUUCAACCCAAUGUGGCCCUUUUGCAGAAUGAAGGUGUUCCCUUAGAUGUUAUAACAAAAAUGAUAUUGUUUCAGCCAAGGACCGUAAUGCAAAAUGUUGACAGAAUGGCUUAUGCAGUUAGAACAAUAAAAGAUUUGGGCAUUGACCCGACUGGUCCUAUGUUUGUCCGGGCUGUUCGAGUUAUGAUCUCUAUGAAAGAGUCAACAUGGAAAAGGAAAAUUGAUUUUUUUAAGAGCUACGGGUGGUCUGAAGAUGUUGUUCUGUCAGUUUUUAAGCGCCAACCAUUUUGUUUAGCUUGUUCGGAGGAGAAACUUGGGAGAGUCAUGGAUUUCUUUCUGAACACUGUGAAGUUGGAACCGGAGACCAUGAUUGCCAAUCCCAUGCUUCUUAUGCAUGGUUUUGAGAAAACAGUUCUACCAAGGUAUAAUGUUUUCAAGAUUUUGGUUUCUAAGAAGCUGAUAAAAAGGGACAACAAGAGGCUGUGUUGGUUGAUCACACAAAGUGAGAGGAGAUUUUUGGAUUAUUAUGUUCUUAAAUAUUUGAAUGAAGUCCCAGACCUACUGGAGAUAUACCAUAGUUCUAAGGAAGAGACAAUAGAGAUUCCUUAGUGCAAUAGGUAUUUUUGUGUGUCCUCUGCUAUGAUGGAUUUUUUUCUCGACUGAAAAGGACUUUAUUGGAGCCAGUAAAUGAUGUUGCUGUUUGCUGUAAUGUUUUCAAAAUGAGGACAGCAGAAGAACAACUGCGCCUCAUUGAGAAAUGCUUGAGAUCCUUUGGUAAGAAGAUGGUGGGGGAUUUACUAUGGAUCACAUACGUUCAAAGGCUCCAGUGCUGGUAAAUUUUAAGAUAAGGGUCAUCUCUAAGAGGGGAUAUUUUUGUUGCCUGCACUAGUGAUCACAGCCGGGUAGGUCAUGGUUGUACAUUACCGUAUACAGGGGCAGUAUGUACAUGUAUGAAAUAUGGUGAAUAAUAUUUUAACAUCCCUUCUUAACGAUGUUUUCUUUAAGAAUGCCUCCUGUCAUCUUACCUAUAUUAAACCAUCAGCCUUGCAUUAUCUCAUGAGGUUCUUAACUAACUUUAAAUGCAUACCCAAUUUGAAUUCAUUUAGCCAGGCUCUCCCGAAGUUAAAAUGCUUGGAUACAUUAUCAUUGUACUUGUACGUAUUGGUAUACAGGUCUAAUUUUACCAACAAACUAGGAUGCUUUUUGAGACUGAAGUUACUUUUCUUGCUUUUCGCUGUAUUAGUAUCCUUACUCUUAGAACU